AUAACGAUCGUGAUCGAGGAGCGCUCCUAAGCAUGAUUGAGGUAAGCACCUCUUGAACUGCCAUCAUUCGCACCCCUUGCUCACAACCUCCUCCUCAUGCCCCCUCGUCCUGCUCAAAAGCGGUCUGCUGCCUCCAGCGAUGCUGGACCCUCUCUCAAGAAAACCCGUUUCGUAGAACCAGCAGACGACCCACUCAAAUUCGCAGAAGAAGUAGACGCACAACUCGAGACGCCUUCUGCUCACCGCAAAGGUCGUGUCAAGACAGAAGGUUACGAAUCUGAUUCCAGCGAUGAAGGUGAAGGCGUCGUUCCCAGUCGAAGAGCAGGCGUGAGCGGUGCAGACGUUGACGAGGAUGAAGAUAUGUUUGCCAUAGGUGAGAAGGAAGAGAAGAAAGUUGAAGAGGUUGGGAAGAAGAAGAAGGCGGAAUAUCUACGGCUAGGGGAUAUAGAGGGCCAGGAAUUUUACAGAACAGGGUCGCAAUCAGGGGAUGAAGAGGAAGAGGAGCCCGAGGACGAAGAUGAUGUUGAGAGAAGGAAGAAAGCUGGCAUGGGCUUCGAGCUCUCGUCGUUCAAUAUGCGGGAAGAAAUGGAGGAAGGAAAGUUCGCUGCUGACGGGACUUACGUCCGUACUUUUGACCCACACGCCGUUCAUGAUCGUUGGAUGGACGGUUUGGAUGAGAAGGAGAUCAAGAGGGCGAGGAGGAGUCAUCAACAGCAAGAGCGGAUCCAGAGGGAGAAGAUGGAAGCGGAGGAACAGGAGCUCCAACAAUUGGGUGGUAAAGACCAAGUGGAGAAGCAGUUGAUCGGGAUGCUCAAGAAAGGGGAGACGGUGCUCGAAGCUUUGCAACGGUUGGGUGCUAAAGCGAAGAGGAAACAUCCCGCAACGAAGAAAAAACCUAACAAUAAAAUGAAGGGGGACCUCGACAGCAGCGCGAUGGUCGUUGACAUCCACUCCGACCUUAUGAAGGCAACGAAGGCACAAGCAGACAUUGACCAAAUCACACACUUCGCUUCGACAUUAAUGUCCCUCGGAGACACCGACAUCUAUUCAAAAACGUACGAGGAACUUGUACGGUCCAUUAGGUCCACAGGCAAAGUCGAGGAAUCUUGGGUUCCGCCGUCUGCCGAUGUCAAGUACGAGUAUAAAUGGGAUGUCCCUGACGCUUCAGCCCCAGAUGGUCAGGUGUUUGGCCCAUACAGCGAAGAGGAAAUGAAAAGCUGGUAUGGUGCAGCUUACUUCGGUGUUGCCGGUGAGAAGAUAAAAGUACGCCCCGUUGCCGGGCAGUGGGGAAACUGGGAUGAUGUCGUUACAUGAGAGAUUUGAGCGUACGUUGUCGAGUCUGGAGUCAUCUAUGAUCUAUCAUGUCAAUGUGUAACAAAAUCUCUGUAUUUCUAGUUUCAUGGAGGUGUCAUUUCUUGGUGUUCAUCGGAUGCGUGGUAUAUUUGUUCCGUGGUAUGUUACAGUUGUAUAUGAAUAUAAUACAGGUCGAAGGAAUCUAGCAAACCCAACGCGACUGUGG